AACAGUGUAGCGCCCUGCAUACUUCCACCCUGUAGCCUACAGACUAGGAAGAUCCAGCGUUUACAUAGCUCUGGAGAAGAACGCUGCGUGCGCCGUCACGUCUUCCAAAGAUCAGAGACCACAAUAUAUUUUAUGACAAACACGAACACAAUACAUCUGGGUGUGUAGCUUGAACUGGGUUUAAUGAGGAAGGCGAGGAGAAUUUUCCUUCCAAGAGUGGAAAGAGUUGACUUGGAAAUUCUAGUGGCCGCUUUACGAGGUUCGAAAUGUCUACCCCGUGCUGUGUUUCUCAGAUGGCCUGCUGCUGCGGCUCGGCCGCCUGCUCCCUGUGCUGCGACUGCUGCCCCAAGAUCAGGCAGUCCACCAGCACGCGCUUCAUGUACGCCCUCUUCUUCCUGCUGACCACCGCCGUCUGCGUCAUCAUGAUGUCACCGACGGUGGAGAGGGCGAUGCGGGAUCACAUUCCGUUCUACACGGACAUGUGUGAUAAGCUCAAUGCUGGUGAGAACUGUGAGAAGCUGGUGGGGUACUCUGCGGUGUACAAGGUCUGCUUUGGCGCGGCCUGUUUUUUCUUCAUCUUUGCAGUCUUCACUUUAAGGGUGCGCACCAGCACGGGGUGCCGGGCAGCCGUCCAUAAUGGUUUCUGGUUCUUCAAAUUCCUGGCUUUGAUUGGAUGCUGUGCUGGUGGAUUCUUUCUUCCAGAUCAGGACAAAUUCCUUGAAGUGUGGCGCUAUGUGGGUGCAGCUGGAGGAUUUCUUUUCCUGCUUAUCCAGCUCAUGCUUUUAGUCGAUUUUGCACAUAGAUGGAACCAAAACUGGACUUCAGGCGUGGAGUACAACAAGCUGUGGUAUGCUGCGCUGGCCCUGGUCACCCUUGUGCUGCUCACUGUGGCUGUGGGAGCCCUGGCCUUCAUGGCCUACUUCUACACCCACCCAAAGGCCUGCAACCUCAAUAAGAUCUUCCUGGGGCUCAACGGCAGCCUGUGCCUGUUCACAUCCCUGCUGGCUAUCUCGCCCUGCAUCCAGAGAUUGAAGCCUACCUCUGGCCUGUUGCAGUCUGGAGUCAUCAGUGUGUACGUCAUGUACCUGACCUUCUCUGCACUCUCAAGCAAGCCUAUUGAAACACUGAUAGAAAAUGGCAUAAAUCGCACUGUCUGCACCUUCCCUUUUAACUCUGGCGCCCAGUCUGACAACAAGAUAGUAACGGGCGUCGGCACGGUCAUUCUGUUAGGCUGCGUGCUGUACUCCUGUUUGAUGUCCACAACUAGAACCAGCUCUACUGCUCUGCAAGUGUUCAGGAGCACAUCUCCAGAGAACGAGAGAGCUCGUUGUUGUUUCUGCUUUGGGCAAGAUGAGGACGAAUGUGAAGAGCAGGAAGAGUUGAAGAGAGGGGGACAGGCUGUUAUUUACGACGAGAAGGGAGGAACCAUUUAUAGCUACUCCUUUUUUCACUUUGUCUUCUUCCUGGGGUCACUGUAUGUCAUGAUGACGGUCACCAACUGGUUCCAUUACGAUAAUGCCAAGAUUGAGAAGCUGCUGGAGGGCAGCUGGUCGGUGUUCUGGAUCAAGAUGAUUUCCUGUUGGGUGUGUCUCCUGCUAUACAUGUUGACCCUGGUGCUUCCAAUACUCUGUCCAAGGAGGUUUGAAGGAACAGAGGCCUAAAAGGGAUAGAGCAUCCCAGGGGUGCUUAUGAACGAUGUAGAAAGCCUGUGCGUUUAAAACUUUUUUUUUGUUUGUGUUGUUUUGUUUCUAAUCUCAUCUGCUGAAUAAGGGGGUCAUGUCCAUUCAUCUUAAGAGUGAUUUAGUCUUAACUGUCAGUGUCAAACUUAAAACUAUCAUGGGCCACAGAGCUGUGAUUUAGCAUGCAUUCAAACACUUUAAAAUUAUAUUGGAGCUUUGGCUUUUUGUGCUAUUUUUGUGAAAAUUAUAUAUACUGUAUAUAUGAGUGGUGGCAGUAUAGUGCAAUGGUUAGGGAACAAGACUUGUAACUUGUAACUCAAAGGUCGCACAUUUGAUUCCCAGGUGGGUCACUUGUACCCUCCAGCAAGGUACUUAACCUGUAUUGCUUCAGUACAUAUCCAGCUGUAUAAAUGUAAAAUUUAGGUUGUCUAAUUUGCUCUGGAUAAGAGUAUCUGCUCAAUGCCUUAAAUGUAAUGUGCUGUAUUACCAAAGCAGCAUGCUUGUGUAUUUAAUUUAGCAUAUUUGGGAAUUGCUUCAGCAUCCUUACUGCCUGCUAGCUGUAGCCUCAUGGAAUAUUUUUGUCAGUGUGGACGCAUCAUGAUAGCUUCUGUUUCCACCCAGUAGUUAUAGUUUUGUAUCCAUGUUUUUUUUAUAUAUAUACAAACAGUAUUAUUGGUAUAUAUUGGUUUUUUUCAGGUAGUUAUGAAACAAAGCAUUGCUUUAAGUUUAAGGGGCUUUAGGGGUUGGACCAAAACUCCCCCUUGCUCAUAUCAGCCUAUGCUUUAAAAUAAUGUACUACAUCAUUAUGCUUCAAUGGGACUAACACAGGAGGAGCUCAAAAACCACAUUUGUAGGUGUGUUUGUAGGUGUCCCACCUUCAGAAAUGGGACAAGAUGUUAUUUUCUUUAACGCAUGACUGAUGUUGUUGAUGAUCAUAUUCACUUGUUUCUGUUUUUAAUGUACCAUUGAUGUUCUGGAGUGGUUAUCAAACUAUGGUUUGUUACAAAGUACAGCAGAUGUUAAAAGCCACAAGCCUGUAGUCACCUGUCUGUUACAGUGUGUCUUUGUGUAUAAUAUUAUGCAAGUAUUAUUGUUAUAAGUACGGAAUUGUAUAAUAUUGUUCUAUGCAAUUUAACAAGCUAGUGUCCUACUCAAGCUUUGAUAGUUUACUUAUUUUGGGACAUUUUGAUCUCGUAUCAAUUGAAGUGUGCAAAUGUGUACUCUUUUUUAUAUCAAAUUGGACUGAUACAACUUGUGUUUCAGUUAAAAUAGAAUACUAAAUGAAAUGAUAUUUCUUAUUUCGUAAUUGCUGACAUCACUGUCGAUAAUAUCUUGUUAAACUUUCUCAUUUUUGUACUGAUCAUGUAAAGAGUAGGUGCCUUUUAUUUUUUAAUUAGUGUUUGUUUCCAGUUUCAUGUUUACUUUUAUUUGUUAAGGUGGAAGUUGAAGUAUAGGUUUUCAUUAUUUAAUGAACCAUCUCACUAUUAUAAACCAGACCAUUUAAGUGACAGUGAGAUCACUUGCCAAAGAUGGAAAAUAACAUUAGUGAGUUUGGAUAAGCAAUGCAUCGGCCACGCUAAAUGAAGGAAAAUGGCCGCUUGACAUUUGCAUGCAUGUUCACUUGGCUGCCUCAUAACAGUGCCUGGUGCAUUACAGACUUCAUCAAAUUUCUUAAACACCAGAAAUCUUUAUUUUGUAACUAUUUGUUGCUGCAUGUUUCACUAGCUCAUUUCAUUUAUUUUUGGUCUCCUCUCCAAAGAUUUAUGAGUUUGUGUUGGUUUUGAAUUUAGUGGUUGUAUUUCUGCUCUCUGCAACAUCUUUCGAUGGUGAAUUUACCAGUGACUUUUGUACUUCAUUGCAAUAUCAUAUGGCGGUAAAAUUCAAUUUACUUAACCUUUAAGAGACUUUUGAUUGUUCAGCUUGAGCUAAGACUUUUAUUCUGACAACAUACAGAAAACAUAACGUGUAUAUGGGAUCACUUUCUCAGGUUUUUGAAAUUCAUGAUUUCCUAUCACUGAUGAAAUAACAAACAAAUCCCUGUUCACUUUGUAUUUAUUUUUUAACUUCUUUAGAAGGGAAAAAUAAUGUUAAUUGCCAGUACUUCCAUAUUAACAAACAACUGACAUUGCAUUAUACAGGACUUUCAUGAUCUAUUUGUGCAGAUCAUUACAACUUUGUCAUCUCAGAAGAAACAUAGCAGGAAUGUUACAUCCUAAUGUUAUAUCCUAUCCUGUAUCCUGUCAUAAUCAAACACUGUUCUAGUGAUAAAAUAUCUAUUUUAUAUGUUGCGAAUUAACAUAGGAAUGACUUGAGAGGAAACUAGAAAGGUGUAUAUAUAAGCAUUCUAGCAUCUUAUUGUUAAAGCCACUUUAAAGCUGCUUCUAGACAUUGGAUGAUGAUGUGAGUAAGUGUUGUUUCCAUUGUGAUUGAGGUUGGCAGUCACAAGCUGGUCAGUCAUUCCAUGAUUGCUAACACUGUGUUGCUUACACACAAGUCUUCGAUGACUGGAGCUAGCAUCCUCAUCUUCACCUCUACUUGAGAAACUCGUAGCAGCCAUUUUAGAUGUCUGCCAUUCAGUGGUCAUUUCAGUUCUGUCUGGGCUCCAGCUGUUUAUGCUGUAGCUGAUGUACUGUUUUGUGUCUAUCAGAGCAUCCAAAUCAUUUUAUGUACAUGAUAUUAUAUGACCUGUGAAGUGAUAUAUAGUGUUUCUUGUAUUUUAUGUGCAAGUGUUCACUUUGGACAGUUUGUAGUAUAAAAUUGGUAAAAAUUUGGCAGAUCCUUUGCUUGUUCCAUCCCUCUGCAAUAGCUACUAUGCAAGUGUUUAUUUUAUACAGAUAUACCUAACCCCAGGUACACUCUAGUAGUAUACUAACAGCCGUCCCUCAUUGUGGCCUUUCUCUGCAGCUGUUAGUUUCUCUGCUGGUAGUGAAUCCUUCUAGAAAACAUUGGGUUAUUUGUGCAUUCAUGCUAUUCAGAGUUGUCAGUGUGGAAUUAGCUUCAAAAUGACUGAAGCAACAGUCUUCCUCUGCUAAUACUUUAAUCGACAGCAACACCAUUGCAUACAACUAGUAGGAUAAUGGUGAUUUUUAUUUUAUUUUAAAAUCUGCUCACUUAAGGGAAUCGAGUGUAAUGUUUGGUUGAUGCAUCAGCACUUAAAUUAUAGGUUUCACCAAACAACAUUUAGAAUGCACACUGCCCCAACAUUGCUUUUAACAGCAUUGUGUUUACUUUAUCCCAGCUCUCUGUCUGUACAGUAGACCCUGUACAGCAGCUUAAAGUUAGCACCUCCACUUUUACAAACACAGCUUGUCAGGGAACUUUGUACAACAUAAGUCAGCCUGGAACAUAAGUUAUUUUAAAAUGACUCUGGAAUAGUAAUGCUUGCAGUUAUUAAAUACAUAACGUAGACUUACCGUUUGCCUCAUUUUG